ACAUGCAAGAAAGGAAAAUGGGGCGCACGGUUUCCAGUGUGUAAAGGUCAGAAUUGUUAUCUUGUGCUUGUCAUUACUGUAAAUUGUGCAAUUCAAUACAUUUCAACUACUUUCUCCUACGUGGGCGUUCAAGAACUAAGAAAAUCUAUUAUGACAACAGCAAUCUAUAGCAAUUUGAUAUAAAAUAAGAGGGAAAUCAAGAAUAAUAAUAUAAAUAGAAACAAACUCAAUAAACAGUGAUAAAUUAAUUCAAUUAGAAUGAAAAAGACUGUUUUCAUCGUUCAAAAGGCUUGAUGACUGAAAUUCUUAUGUUCCAGCCCAAAUCAUUUCGACGCCAGUACUAGAUAAAGUUUUACAGUUAAGAUGGCCCAUGAUUUAAAAAUUUUAGAUCUUUCUGGAGCAGUUGCAAAGGAAAACGGUGUUCAGGCCUCCUAGUUUAAUCGUAUCGUGAAACUUUGGAAUUACCCUUGUUCUAUUGCUCCUAGUCUUCUAGUAUUUUAGUCAGGCGUUGGAAUGGGGUGCGUCAGCACACUGAUUGUAAACCUUUGUGAAGGAAAAGUAGAAUGCAAAUUCAAACUUUUUCGAUUAAUGACAAUUUAACCAUGUAACGAAAAAUAGAGAAAUACCAUACAACCUAAUGUUAAGGGGAAUAUGUAGGCAUGAAAAGCUUAAACGUUUUAACCCGCGAGAGUAAACUGAGAAAGAAAUUAGUUAUUUAGAGAACACAGUUUUCGUAAUGAAUACACCGGCGCUGACCUAUAAAUAUCACAGUUCUUUUCUAGUUCUUAGAUAAUAUCUUAAUUGCUCACUGCCGAAUGGUAACUAAUAAAAUAACAGUAUUCUACUUGAAAAUGUACGUCUAAAAGGCAAAGAGCAAUUUAAUGUUUACCUUUGAGCUAAAUUUAGUAAUUCUUUCCUGUUUGACUCCGUAGCAUCAUGUGGUAGGCCCAGCAUACCUGCGAAUGGCAGAAUAGUGGGAAAUAUCUUCAGUCAUGGAAAAUCUGUAUGGUUUUACUGUUCGUUUGGCUAUUCAAGAGUUGGCGUCGGUUCGAUUAAAUGCGAUGAUGGCAAAUGGGAUAAGCCGUUUCCAGUCUGCAAAGGUGAGAAAUGUGUUAUUUUUCGCAACUACAUGCAAUCAUGAUGAGUUAAGUAACGUUUGCUUUACGAUAAAUUAAAGGCAUCUGCCCAACGCCGAGCGAUCCACGAAACGGAAAAUUGGGUCAGAAGGUAUCCCUUGACAAACGUUUCCUUGACGGAGAUGAAGCAACAUUCUCCUGCAACCGCGGGUAUGACUUGGUUGGUAAAAAAAAACUUCGCUGUGUUGGAAAAGUAUGGGAUUUUGGAGAGCCUGAAUGUAAAGGUGAGAAUGUUCCAGCUCUUUUGAAUAAAAGGUAUCUUUUGAGAAAUAUUUUUGCUUCAAUGACUGGUGACCGCUUGAAUUAAUAGCUUUUUAGUUUUCCUCUCCCGCCCCCUUCCCUUCUCCCUUUUAAGAACAGUUCUGAUUAUGAAACACAAGCCAAUCAACGUAUCCUCAAGAAAGAAAAAAUCGUUAUAGAGGUUGUAGGGAAGUUGAUCUUUAUGCAAAAAUCGAGACUGACUCAAACUGUUCUGCCGGGAAACGUGAUAUUAACAGCAUCUAAUAUACCAGUAUCAAUGUGCUUCCGCGAUCACAUACAGACGACAUUUGAGUCAUGGCUCCUCGAAAAGCAACUCCUGCGGAACCUCUCUUAAUUAAGAUGAGAAGUAAAUAAUUCCUUUGAUCAUAGAAGAUACUUUCUAGGGUGUUAAGUUAUCAAUAUGUAUCAUGAAGAUACAAUAUUCAGUAAAUGAUUAAAAGAAACUUUACGUGAUGACAUAAUACAUUUGCGAAACUUACACCACAACAUCAACAUACUUUACAAAUUCUUUUAGCUCCAUGCAAUGACCCAGGAUUCCCAGCAAAUGGCAAUGGGCAAUGGCGGGACCUUAAACACAACUCGUGGGUAACAUUUUCUUGUAAUAAAAAAUAUCAGCUUGAGGGAAGAAGACAAAUACAAUGUAAAGAUGGCAUUUGGAGUGGUAACCGUCCUAAAUGUGUCGGU